AUGUUGUAUGUGCUCUUGAUUCUUUUUGUCGGUUUUUUAGAUGGAGCAUUUGGAUUCAAUCUUGGAUAUUCACCUACGUUCUAUGGGCAUGGGGAAAAAGUCGAUCUAUUAGUAAACAAGAUUGAAAGUGAUCAUACUCAAUUACCUUAUGGAUACUACGAUUUACCCUUCGUUUGCCCGAAUUCUGAUGCAAAGAAACGUGUGCAUUUGUCUUUUGGCGAAAUUUUAAAAGGAGAAAGAUAUCUAAACAGCAACUAUGAACUAGAAUUUGGGAUCGACAGACCCUGUGUCAGGUUAUGUGACCUGAUUGUCAAGGGAAAAUCUUUAAAAAUGGCUGACUCCUUGAUAAAAAAUGGUUACGUUGUGCACUGGUCAUUAGAUGGCUUGCCUGGAGCUACAACUUUUGUAUCGGGUAAGAAUAAGUACUAUGCCGCAGGGUUUCCUAUGGGAUUCGUAAAAGAUGAAAUAUCUUAUAUAUACAAUCACGUCAUGUUAGUGAUACGAUAUCACAGAGACAAGUCUAACUCAAAUUUAAAUACAAUCGUUGGUUUUGAAGUAUACCCUAAAAGUGUUAUCAACGAAGAGUGCCCUGGGUCUUCCAAGAGCUACAAAAAUUUUCCUUUGACGGUUAAAAAGACUAAAGAUGUCGAUCUUACUAAUCAAAAAGUAGUCAUUCCAUAUACUUAUGCGGUGUAUUGGCGGGAAGACAAAUCAGUUGAUUAUGAAUCUCGAUGGGAUCUUUACUAUGAGAACGAAAUGAACAAACCAAACCAGCAGAUACAUUGGUUUGCAAUUACAAAUGCAUUUGUAUUAUUUUUCUUAGUUUCACUAAUCGUCGCUGUGGUCUUAAUGAAAUCUUUGAAGAAAGAUAUACGAAGAUCGACUCCUCCACUUCCUAUUAAUAAUAUGAAUAGCAACCUUUCAUGGAAAGAAUUACUAGAGCGAGUUUUUGAUAGGCCCCUGUUUUCGACAAUAAUGUCUAUUUUAGUUGCGAGUGGUAUUCAAGUCUUGGUAUCAGCAGUCGGUGUACUUCUUAUUUUCGUUAUCAACACAAAGUUUAGUCUGGGUGGUUCCUCAUCUAUCUCAUUCUUCAAUAAUCACCAAGGAACCCUUUUUUCUUUUCUGUUGUUCCACUUGAUUAUCUCAGGCAUCUUAUCGUCUUAUUUUGGAUUGAUACUUCACAAAUUAUUCAACAACGUGUACUUGAAUUCGGAAUAUAAUUCAAAAAAAUGCGCAGUACUUUCCAUCUUUUUCAGUGGCUUCCUUCCAGCAUUUGUUUUGUCUGUUACCUUACUUUUAAACUUCUUUCUCUGGGCAAAGAGGUCUUCUAAUGCUCUUCCUUUUGGAACUAUAAUAGUACUUAUAUUUCUAUUGGGUGUGGAAAUACCUUUAGGAAUAAUUGGAGGUAGUCUUGGAAAUAAGAAAAAGUUUGGCGCGAAAUCAUUUCUAUUAACUACAUCAAGAAGUGAGUCUCGAUCAGAGCCCAAAAAAUCGAAAAAGAGAACAACAAUCUUAUUGCGUCCUUUUUGGAGUAUCGCUGUUUUUGGACUUAUUCCUUUUGUUGUCGUUUAUGUUGAGCUUUUGUUUAUCUUGAAUACGGUGUGGCUCGAGAAAACUACAUUCUAUUUCAUGUAUGGAUUUUUAUUGUUGACAACAAUUAUCUUGCUUCUAAUAAUUUGUGAGUCAGCAGUGGUAGCAGCGUACCUAUGUUUGGCCGUUGACAAUAACCCAAGAUGGCACUGGCUCUGCUUUAGAGUUGGUUCAAGUAUUGGAUAUUACAUAUAUGGAUAUUCCAUUUAUUAUUUUCUUUGUUAUCUACAUGUGAGAGAUGCUGUCAGUACAAUUUUGUACUUCUCUUAUAUGGCUCUAGCAUGUAUAGUAGUCGGAUUAGGUGGCGGAGCUGUUAGUAUCAUUUGUGGCUUAUUAUUUAUUAAGAGAAUUUAUGGACUUGUCAAAGAGGAUUAG